AUGUUCAUGCGCCUUAUUAUUCUCGAAUCCGAUCGACACUCACUUUGGAUCAAGGCAAUUGGCAUUACCCUUAUAGCAGUAAGGUUUGCUGAUUGGCCAUACGAAUUGACAUUCCAAAACGUGGUGCACGAUAUUAUGAAUCAGCAAAUCCAAGCUGGUGGCACCUGCUGGGUUCAAUGGGGCAACGGUGUCAUUAUCUUCAACUUUGUCGGUGAUUCACUAGCAAACCUAUUCCUCAGUGGCAUGUUUGUACGACGCUUGUAUUUGCAUAUCCGCAUGUCCAAGACAGUGAUGAGCCGGCAAAACCGCCUCAUUGAGCACAUCGCACGCAAGUCUUUAAUUUGUCUCAUCUUUACCUUCGUCGUCAACUUGGCUAUGAAUUUGCUCAAGAUUACCGAAUACAUUGGUGAUCGGUCGGAUGCAUUCACGGUUUACUUUCAGCUGAUUGAAUCCACAUUACUGGUGGAGGCGUUACGCGUGGAAGGUACACCAUCAUCGGGGCAACCGGUUUGUGAAAAUUGUGGCCUGGCCCUUCAGAGCAAUUUUCUUGAGAAGCAGCCAAAACAUUCGCACCACGAAGAAGGAAAUCAUGGCAACCCUUUGAGAACAGCGGGUACCAACGAAAGCAUCUUUCGUGAACUUUCAUUCUUUGAUGCAUCCUUGUACAAUGACGAGGUGGUAUUACGCGACACUAAUAACAAUAACGACGCUAAUGGCAAAGGCCACGAAAAGCAACCAAGUUCACCAACCGUAAGCGUUCUUUCACCUCGGCCUAUGCAACAACCCGCUAUACCCCCACCGGUAGCAAAUCCUAUAUCCUCAAAUAAUGCAAUGGAUCGCAGGCGGCCAUUAUCAUUAUCCCAGGUUCCAGAAUGGAGCAACAAUGAUUAUCGCAUGUUUUGA